ACGUGGCCUUGUUUUUCGCGCGAAACUGAGCUCUGUUGUCAGGACGUUAACGUGUUGGAGUGUGAAGAGGAGCUGUCCUGUGGAGAAAUCUUAAGUUUCGUUUAAUUUUACCACAGUUCUAUUGUGUUUCGCAGCAUGGAUGUUGCUACAGUAAACGCAGAGAAUGCCGGAGCAAUGGUGAAAGACGAGUUGGCUGAAAAAUGCCAGAAGUUGUUCCAGGCUUUCCUCGAGGAAUUUCAGACUGGAGAUGGAGAGGUGAAGUACGUCCGGGAGGCCGAGGAGCUGAUCAGGCCUGAGAGAAACACACUGCUGGUGAGCUUCACAGACCUGGAGGGCUUCAACCAGGAACUGGCUACAACCAUCCAAGAGGAAUACUACAGAGUGCAUCCAUAUCUCUGCCGGGCAGUGCGUAACUUUGCUCGGGAUCAUGGGAAUGUUCCUCUUAACAAAGAGUUUUACGUUGCCAUUGAGGAUCUGCCAACCAGGCACAAGAUCCGUGAGCUCUCCUCCAUGCGUAUUGGCACUCUGGUGAAGAUCAGUGGUCAGGUUGUGAGGACACACCCAGUCCACCCUGAGCUGGUGAGUGGGACCUUCCUGUGCAUGGACUGCCAGACUGUGAUCAAAGAUGUCCCUCAGCAGUUCAAAUACUCCCCUCCAACUAUCUGCAGAAACCCCGUCUGCAACAACCGCUCCCGCUUCCACCUCGACACACACAAAUCCAAGUUCAUAGACUUUCAGAAGGUGCGCAUCCAGGAGACGCAGGCGGAGCUUCCUCGUGGUUCAAUCCCUCGCUCCCUGGAGAUCAUCCUGAGGGCAGAGGCUGUGGAGACGGCUCAGGCUGGUGACCGCUGCGACUUCACAGGGACCCUUAUUGUUGUACCAGAUGUGUCUCAGCUCAGCACCCCUGGUAUUCGAGCAGAGAACAGCACCCGUGUGCCUGGAGGUCCUCAGGGAUUUGAAGCAGAGGGAUUGAGAGGACUGAAAGCUCUGGGAGUCAGAGAGCUGUCCUACAGACUGGCCUUCCUGGCAUGCAACGUGGCCCCGACCAACCCACGGUUUGGAGGUAAGGAGCUGCGCGAUGAGGAGCAAACAGCUGAAAGCAUCAAGAGCCAGAUGACAGAGAAGGAGUGGGAGAAGGUGUUUGAGAUGAGUCAGGACAAGAAUUUGUAUCACAACCUGUGCACCAGCCUCUUCCCCACCAUCCAUGGCAAUGACGAGGUGAAGCGCGGUAUCCUGCUGAUGCUGUUCGGAGGCGUCCCCAAGACGACCAUGGAGGGAACUUCUCUGAGAGGAGACAUCAACGUUUGCAUCGUUGGAGACCCGAGCACCGCAAAGAGCCAGUUCCUCAAGCAUGUGGAGGAGUUCAGUCCCAGAGCUGUGUACACUAGCGGGAAAGCCAGCAGUGCUGCAGGUCUGACGGCGGCAGUGGUCCGAGAUGAGGAGUCACACGAGUUUGUCAUUGAGGCUGGAGCUCUGAUGCUCGCAGACAACGGUGUUUGUUGCAUUGAUGAGUUUGAUAAGAUGGACAUUAAGGACCAGGUGGCCAUCCAUGAAGCUAUGGAGCAGCAGACCAUCAGUAUCACCAAGGCUGGAGUCAAGGCCACCCUGAACGCUCGCACGUCCAUCCUGGCUGCUGCCAACCCUGUGAACGGGCGUUAUGACCGCAGCAAGAGCCUGAAGCAGAAUGUCAACCUGACUGCCCCCAUCAUGAGCCGCUUUGAUCUCUUCUUUAUUCUGGUGGAUGACUGUAAUGAGGUUACAGACUACGCCAUCGCCAGGCGGAUUGUGGACCUGCACUCACGUGUUGAGGAGUCAGUGGACAGACUUUACACCCUGGAUGAGAUCCGUAGAUACCUGCUCUUUGCCAGGCAGUUCAAACCUAAGAUCUCCAAUGAAUCAGAGGAGUUCAUCGUGGAGCAGUACAAGCGUCUCCGCCAGCGUGACGGCACUGGAAGCGUUUCCAAAUCUGCCUGGAGGAUAACGGUGCGACAGCUGGAGAGCAUGAUCCGACUUUCAGAAGCUAUGGCUCGCAUGCACUGCUGUGAUGAAGUGCAGCCCAAACAUGUGAAGGAAGCCUUCCGUCUUCUCAACAAGUCCAUCAUCAGGGUGGAGACACCUGAUAUCAACCUGGAGCAAGAAGAUGAACUGGAGGAGGAGCAACAAGAGGAAGGCAACAAUAUUCCAAAUGGAGUAAAUGGUGUAGAUGGCCCUGCAGAUGGUAUUAACGGUCAUGUCAAUGGUAUUAAUGGUCACACUGAUGGUGUGAAUGGCCACGCUGAGCCUGGCAGCCAGCCCAAACCAUCUCUCCGCUUGUCUUUCUCUGAGUACAAACGCAUCUCCAACCUGCUGGUCCUGCAUCUGCGCAGAGCAGAGGAUGCUGAGGAAGAAGAGGAGCUGAAGAAAACUGCAGUGGUUAACUGGUAUCUGAAAGAAAUUGAGUCUGAGAUUGACUCAGAGGAGGAGCUCAUCAACAAGAAGGGUCUGAUAGAGAAGGUUAUCCACAGACUGGUGCACUACGAUCACAUUCUUAUCGAGCUGUCUCAGGCUGGGCUGAAGGGCUCCGAGUCAGAAAGCACAGAGGGAGAAGCUGUUUUGGUCGUCAACCCCAACUACAAUCUGGAGGACUAGACUUUCCCUUACAGCUUAAAACAAUACACAAUGUUCACAUUGUUUUACUGGUGUGUGUACCACAUGCAUGCUAAAGAUGUUGGAGAUGCUGUUAGGUUUAUUUGAGUUAAUCUCAACUGUAAAAAGAUGUAGAAGCUGAGGCUAUGAAGAAAAUUAGGAUGUUGUAAAUAUGCUGCUUUGAUUCUUCAUGUUGUUCACUGACUCGAUGAAACUUUUGAAACUGUGUAAUUGCUGUUUGUUUUGCAUAAUCGUAUAUGGGAGACAAACACCAAGAUUCACAAACAUAGUUUAAAGUUAUAUUGUUUUGUUUUUUGUAAUAUUAUGACAAAGAGAACGAGGAAUGUUGUUUAAACAAAUAAAAAUGUUUCUGUAAA